AUGGGAAAGGAGCGAAAUGAUUUAGUCGGCUGCUGCGAAGAGGAGGAUGCAGACGAGACCUCCGAUGAAGACGACGCUUCGGUGCAGUCGUCAACGAACGUCGGCUCGUCGACACCGGGACGUCCGUCUCCGUUAUCCCUGGAUUCUUCCCCGGUGCAGUUGGCUUCGCAACAGCUGCUGAGCCCGCUUGAUCGUGCUCUCAGCUACAAACUCGUCAUUCGUUCUCCACGUUUCGCCUUGCGAGCGAUUUCGAUGAAAAGCCGGCACAUGCCGUCCUUAGUCGGCGAUCAGCGAGCACAUCCAGAAGUUGACCAAUCAUCUGUCACCCCUUCAGUUGUGAAACCGCCUUUACCUGGCGAUCCUGUGCAAUGUAAGGAAAUCGACGAGGCACAUCCUGAACUUAAGCAAAACUUCAUAUCGAAAAAUUUGAAAUCACUCGGCUUUUCCAAGAAACAGUUUUUCUUUCAGCCCAUCCUGACUAAAGAAGAGGAGGAACGUAUUUUUGCUGAAUACCAUUACACCGGUGCGACAACAAACAUCCAUCCUUUGCUGUCUUCGUUGAUUAAUUACACUCAUCCAGUGAAAUUCAGCGGUUUCGAUGUUGCGGAAAGCAAUAAUCUUCAUUUCCACAUGUCUUCCUUCUCUGAAUCAACAGGACUUGGAUAUCUCAAGCAAUGUGCUCCCGAGUUCGUCAAUUACAACAAGCGCCAAUUGAGUAGAAUAUAUCCGAAAGGUGCAAGGGUGGAUUCGAGUAAUUUUUUGCCACAGAUCUUUUGGAAUGCUGGUUGCCAAAUGGUAGCGCUUAAUUUCCAAACUCCGGAUGUUUAUAUGCAACUAAACAUGGGCAAAUUUGAGUACAAUUCUGGUUCUGGAUAUUUGCUGAAGCCGGACUUUAUGCGUCGACCUGACAGGACGUUCGAUCCGUUCUCGGAGUCUCCUGUUGAUGGUGUGAUUGCUGCCCACUGCAGUGUUCGAGUUAUUUCGGGACAGUUCUUGACUGACAGGAAAGUCGGCACUUAUGUUGAGGUAGAAAUGUACGGACUACCUACCGAUACAAUCCGGAAGGAACACAGAACUAAAGUUAUUCCUGCAAAUGGACUUAACCCUGUGUACAACGAAGUUCCAUUUGUGUUUAGGAAGGCUAGUUUGGUAGACGCUUUGGCGGACCCUAGAGCAUAUCUUUCAGAGCAAAAGAAACGGCAAGAAGCACUUGCACAUAUGGGAGUUGAUGAUAGGAUACAUAUUAUCUCUAUCUUUUUUUUUAGAAAAGAAAACCCACCAUCUGCUCGAUCAGAAGGUUGUGGAGCGACAUCUGGAACAUCAAAAGCCAACAAUGAUGCUUUACCUGCAGCAGUCGACAAGUUCAAGCCGUUUUCAUUGGAAGCGUCAUUUAAACGCUCGCUUGUACGAGGUAGACAUGGAGAAACGUCGACGCAUCUGUCUGCUCCGGCUUACACAAGGAAGAUUAGUGCAAGUUCGGCAACGGUGACAUUCAACUCGUCUAUGAGACGUCCAAAAGCAGAGGACAAAUUACAGGUUGAUCCUAUUGACGUUGACGAAUUGAAAAAGGACAAGCUGUUUACUAAGCUCUUGAAGAAAUUGCAGAAGGAUAGCGAAGAUUUAAAGAAGAAACACCAGAAGCAGCGCGAAAGUAUUCAAAAGCAGCAGCAAACGAAUGUGGACAAAUUAAUAACGAACAAUCGUCGAUCAAUGAAGAAGGAAAAGGGUACACGUCGCCAAACCAGCGAAAAUUUGGAUGCAGCAGGAGCCAGUGAUAUAGCGACUAACGAUCGAGUUCGAACUCUCGUUACUGUGCAAACGGAUGAGUGGUCGGCAAUGAUGAGACGACAUGAGAUAGAGGAGUUCGAGUUGAGAAAAGCACAGUUGCGUGAGCAGACUGAGAUUCUCAGGAAGCUUCUACUUGAAGCGCAGAAAGUGCAGAUGCAUGGUCUAAAACUUCGACUGGAGAGCGAAACGAAGGAGCUGAAACUAGCCCAAACAAAAAAGAGUAUGGAAGAUGCGAAAGUUCUCAGUCUCGACAAGGGAAUAAAAACAAAAGCGGAGCGUGAACGUCGUCUUAAAGAACUGCAUGAAAAGAAUCUGAAGAUGUUUGUCGAAGAGAGGAAAAGAUUAGCGAAAAAAGCCGAAAAGCAUGAAGAACAACUAGCGAAACGUCAUCAAGAUCAACUUGAGCAUCUUGAUAGGGAAGCUCUACAUGCUCUUGAGCAGGAAGAAGCUAAUUUCAAGGAAGAUCAGUUGUCCUCGAAGCCGGCAUCAAUUGUAUAG